GAAAAGAUUUUUUUAGGGACUAGUAGUGUGACGUCCAACUAGAAAGCCAAAUCUCCAAACCCCAAUCGUAUAUGAUCCAGAAACCAGAGUCAUAAAAACAGUCCCCCCCAAAUUUCAGCACUCAAGGGAGGGAAAAACUCAUUCUGUACUUUACUACUCUACCGCUAAGCUAAAACCCUAUUUCCCUCUUCAAAAUUCAAAUUCAUCACUUCACGAUUCGCUUCUACUUUUCAUCGAUGUCGUCUAAGAAGGAUAAAAUCGCCUCUCAACAACGACGCGUCGGUUUACUCUACGACAACAGAAUGUGUAAGCAUUUCAAUCCAGACGAUAAUCGCCAUCCCGAAACUCCUAAUCGCAUUAAGGCUAUUUGGGAUAAACUUCAAACCACCGGCAUUACCGAUCGUUGUGUGAUUUUGGAUGCUGUUGAUGCUGAAGAUAAACAUAUAUUAGCUGUGCAUUCCAAAAAACAUGUGGAUCAAAUCAAGAAUAUUAGCAAUAAAAGUUUUAAUUACAGGCGCAACCUUGCAGCUAGACUUAAUUCAAUAUACUUCAACGAAGGCUCGACUAAAUCGGCUUAUCUUGCUGCUGGUUCAGCAAUAGAGGUUGCUAAGAGAGUGGCUAGCAAGGAAUUGAAUUCUGCUGCUGCUAUUAUUAGGCCUCCAGGUCAUCAUGCAGAGCCAGAUGAAGCUAUGGGAUUUUGUCUGUUCAACAAUGUUGCAAUUGCUGCAUCUUAUCUCUUAAAUGAAAAUCCAGAAUUUGGUGUAAAGAAAAUUUUAAUUGUGGACUGGGAUGUCCAUCAUGGAAAUGGUACUCAAAAAAUGUUCUGGACUGAUUCUCGAGUAUUAUUCUUCUCCGUUCACAGGCAUGAACAUGGGAGUUUUUAUCCAGCUGAUGAUAAUGGAUUUUAUAACAUGAUUGGAGAAGGAGCUGGUGCUGGAUACAAUAUAAAUGUGCCAUGGGAGAAUGGGAGAUGUGGUGAUGCAGACUACUUUGCAGUGUGGGACCACAUCUUACUCCCUGUUGCCAAAAAAUUUAAGCCAGACAUAAUUUUAGUUUCUGCUGGAUUUGAUGCAGCUGUUGGAGACCCUUUAGGUGGAUGCCGUGUCACACCAUUUGGUUUUUCCCUUAUGUUGAAAAAGUUGAUGGAUUUAGCUGAAGGUAGGGUUGUACUGGUUUUAGAAGGAGGGUAUAAUCUUGAUUCCAUUGCCAAAUCGAUGCAUGCUUGUUUGGAAGUUUUACUUGAAGACAAGCCUCUUGUGGGAUCUUCAGAGGCCUAUCCAUUUGAGUCUACAUGGCGUGUGAUCCAAGCGGUUCGCAAGGAGUUGAGUCCCUUUUGGCCUACACUUGCAUCUGAAUUGCCACAAGAAUUAAUUAGCCAAGUGGCAGAUCCUCCGCAUACUCUUGUCUCAAGUUCUGACUCUGAAGAUGGCGAAGCUCCACCCAGAUUAAAAACUAUUGCAGAGCUCCUUGAGGAGGUCAUGAAACCACUUUCCAACCUCAAUGUUUAUGCAGAUGAAGAGAAUGCUGCGUCUUGUUCGUGGCGAUCUGAAUUGUCAAAUGUUUACUUAUGGUAUGCUUCAUAUGGUUCAAACAUGUGGAGGCCAAGAUUUGAUUGCUACGUAGCAGGCGGGCAGGUGGAAGGUCUGCAGAAGCCGUGUUCUGGUUCAGUGAACAAAACUCUUCCGAAUGAGAUCCUUUGGAAGACUUUCCCUUGUCAUAUAUUUUUUGGUCGUGAUUCCUCACGUUCAUGGGGUCCUGGCGGUGUUGCGUUUCUUAAUCCUGAGAAAAACUCUCAGCACAAGACCCACAUGUGCAUGUACAAGAUUUCGCUAGAGCAGUUCAAUGAUAUUUUACUUCAGGAAAAUGGUUUAAGCCUUGAUGCGGGCUCUUCUUUAUUUGAUAUGACUACUCUGAAUGCCAUCUCUAACAAGGAGUUCAGUUCUCGGGAGGUUGUCAAGGAUGGUUGGUAUGGUCAUGUUGUCUACUUAGGAAAGGAGAACGACAUUCCUAUAAUUACUAUGACGUGUUCGCCUCUUGAUAUUGAGGGCUUCAAAUCUGGGAAGCUACCAUUGCGUGCGCCUAAUAAAUCGUACGCCAAUACCUUGAUAAAAGGGUUGGUAGAGGGAGAACAGUUCUCAGAGGCUGAAGCCAUUGUUUACAUAGAUGCUGCUGCUAAAUCACUUUGAUUUGCAUAUACUUUCUUCUUAAACAGUCCAGUGGUUCGUAUUUUGUGUAGAUAGCAAGAUCCUAUUGUAGUGCUUCAAGGCUCUACAUAUUUUGCGUAGUUUCGUAUAUACCGGUUGCUAUUAUUUGCUACAAUGUUGAUGCUUGCAUUUCAUAUACAUCAAUCUAUGUUUAAAUGGAUUGCAUGUAUGCAUAUUUUGUAAAUGUUGACAUUUGGUCCUGACUAGAAUAUUGAAUUUGAGAACAGGAUAAUUAUCUAAACUUAAGGGUAUGUUUGUUUCACGAUUUUAAAA